AUGUAUGUAUAUACCCAGACCAUCCAGCGAGACCGCUGCCCCGGAGACCCAGCAGAGAGCUCUCCGUCUUCCCUGCCCAGCCCAGAAGGGAGAACAUGUCCGUUUGCUCUGGAGGGCCCCCCCGGUGCUCAAAACGAUGCCCUCCACACAGAUAUCCCGCGUGUCGUUUCGUCCGGCAUCUGUACGGCGGGCGGGCUUUGUGCGAGGUUCCCGCAGCGCCCUCCUGGCCUCCGUCUUAAAGGACGGCCGCCCCCAGGCCCUCAGUCUUGCUCCCGCUCCUGCUCCUGCCUGUCACCCCUCAGCAGUGUCGAGCAGGCCAUCGCCAUGGGAUUCAAGUCGGAGAUCAAGCAUGACCAGUCCUCAGAGGCCAACAGCCCAGCGGUCGAGGAGGCCGGCGAGAGCCUCUCCUCGAUGCGCGGCGGAACGCUCCAGGACAAGCGCGACAUGUAUCGAAUCGGCAACAGUCAGGAGUUGAACGUAGGCGACUCUCCUUCGCUGUCUUCCUUGGAUAUAACUAGCUGGCUGAUUGUCUCCCCUGUCUCCCCGUAG